AUGCAGGCUGCAGACAUUUUUAACUUUUUGAAGGUAAGGGGAGGCUCCUGGUUUAACCCCCUCGGCUCGGGGCCCGCCGCCCUGCCGCAGCCCCGCCAGCCCCGAGCGUUCGCUUUGCGCCGGCUCCGGGGGACGUUUUCGGCUCCGCACCACGCAAAACCGGGACGGAGCCGGCACACCGAGACACCGGAGAGCUCGGGACGGGGACCCGCGCGCGGGGACCGGCCAGCACGGUUCGAGACGGUCGCCGGCUGCAGGAACGACAGAGACAGCGAGGAAGAGCUAGCUCCAAACUGCGCCGGGACCCGCGACGCUGGGCGAGGCCCUCGGGGCUCAGCGCUGGAGGCUCCGCGGGACCCGACGGACGCAGCGGGGCUGGGGGCCGCCAGCAGCCCGGAGCACCGGGCCGGUGCUCGCACGAAGGCCAUCGGGCACUGCGGGGAACCGGGGCACGGGGAACCGAGCCGCCGGUCGCCUUUUCCCGCCUGCCUCCGGGCCCAUCGGUGUUCGACCAGCGGCAGGGAAAGAAGAGGGGCGGCAGCAGCAGUGCCUGGUGUGGAAACGUCCGCAUCGGGGGCGGAAAGGACACCACGGUUUGAUGACACCGACAGGACCCCCGUGCCGGGGCCAGCCCUCCGUCGCUGCCUCCUGGACGGAGCGUGGCAGGAUGAACCUGGCUCUGCGCACUGCAGAAGUGCAGACGGCUGUGGUUGCCAGCUCUGGGCGCAAGGUCGUGGCACCGGGCCGGGGAUCGGUGGUGGCUGCCGACAAUCUCGGGAGCCUCAAGGAAUGUCCAUCCGCAGCGAACAUCCUCUCCGUCAGCAGCCGCUUCCCGGGCUAGCCCCGAACUCCCACAAGCAGUCUGCUGCCUCCGGGAUACGCAACGCGCCCGUUCCCGGGCUCUCGGCCGCCGCGGCCCGCACCAGUUCCCGCGUCGCCCAGGCCAUGGACGCAGGGCCCCGGUGCCGCUGCCGGCCCGGGGACGGGGGGCGGACGGCGGGAGGGCUGAGCCGGGCCAGGUGCGGUCCGUCGGGGCCCCGCAGCCCCGGGGAUGGGGCGGCCGCAGCACCAUCUGCUGGUGAGGGGCCCGGCGCGGCGGGGGACCGGCACCCGCCUGCGGACACCCUCCGCGCCGCGGUCAGGAGGUGCCGGGGCUGCGGGCAGCAGGGCGGCUUCGGCAUCGAGGCGUCAAUCUCGCCGCAGGAGUGGCCGAGCGCCGGGGACCCGCCAGCCGCCUCCGGGGACGCCGGCGGGUCGGCCACCUGCGCGCCCCGACCGCCCCAGCGAGGGCCCGAGGGGCGGCGGGAGCGGCCCCGGUGCGCCGGCGGCGAGUCCCGGAGCUCGGCGCGCUCGGCGGAGCCCCGCACAGAGGGGAAGCACUCGGCCUGGGCCCGCUUCAGAGACCGCUGGCAGAAGCCCCUCAGCAAACCCCGACCGCGCAGCGCGGGGGAGGCGCAGCCCCCGCACCGCGACCCGCAGGCAGUGUACCUGGGAGGGCAGCGGAGCGGGCGGCUGGCUGGGCAGAGCUCGCUGCUCGGGCCCGCAGCCCACCCUGCCUGCCAGGGCUGGGGGCUGCCCGUGUCACCGCCCGUGUCACCGCCGCCGGUCUCCGCCGCGGAUCCGCCAGCAUCUCACCAGGUGCGGAGAGAGCGGCGGUGCGGCCCGCCGCGGGGAUGCUCCCGCUCGGGGCGGGCGGGCGAGCUCCUCGGUCCCCUGCGCAGCGUCCCGGUUGGCGGUCCCGGUCGGCGGCCCCGCUCCGCCGGCCCCUCCCGCGGCGGCAGCUGGGGCCGAAGCCGGGGCGCCGUGCUGCUGCUCUUCUUCUCGCUGUCGCCGCGGCCGCCGGCCGCGGCCGCCUGGCUGCUGGGGCUGCGGCCCGAGGACACGACGCCGGGCCGGGUGUCUCUGGAGGGCGGCGCGGUGCAGGCGGCGGAGGGCAGCCGCUUCCUCCUGCGCCUCUACUUCCAGCCGCCGCCCGAGGGCAACGGCAGCCGCGGGCCGGCGGGGGAGCGGGAGCCGCGGCUGGUCUUCAUCGAAGAGGCGGCGGCGGGGAGCACGGCGGCGCGGGGCCCGGCGGAGCGGUGCCGGGAGCGCAGCGCCUGGGCCUCGGACGUGGAGGUGGUGGGGCCGCUGCGCUCGGGCGGCGCGGCGGGCUCGGCGCUGGCCGAGGUGCGGGUGCGGGAGCCGCGCAAGGGCGAGGCGGCGGCGGCGCCGGGCGGGCGGCUCUUCUCGCUGUGCGCCUGGGACGGGCGGGCCUGGGCGCACCACGGUGCGGCGGGCGGCUUCUUGCUGCGGGUGCGGCCGGCCGCCCCGCCGCUGGGCACUUGGCUGCUGCCGCUGCCCGAGGCGGGCUGGCUGCGGGCGCUGGGCGCCCUGCUGCUGCUGGGGCUGUCGGCGCUGUUCAGCGGGCUGCGCCUCUCGCUGCUCUCGCUGGACCCGCUGGAGCUCCGCGUCCUGCGCAACAGCGGCUCGGCCGCCGAGCGGGAGCAGGCGCGGCGGGUGCAGGCGGUGCGCGGCGGCGGCGGCACCUACCUGCUGUGCACGCUCCUGCUGGGGCAGGCGGGGGCCAACGCGGCGCUGGCCGGCUGGCUCUGCGCCUCGCUGCCCGGCGGCGGGCCGGCGGCGGCGGCCGGCGGGCCGCGGGGAGCGCCCUGGCUGCCGGUGCUGCUGUGCACCGCCGCCGUCUUCCUGGGCGGCGAGGUGCUGCCCUACUCGGUGUGCUCGCGGCACGGGCUGGCCAUCGCCUCCCGCACGCUCUGCCUCACCCGGCUGCUGAUGCUGGCCGCCUUCCCCCUGUGCUACCCGCUCAGCCGGUUGCUGGACUGGGCGCUGCGGCAGGAGCUCAGCGUCUUCUCUACGCGGGAGCGGCUGCUGGAGACGCUGCGCGCCGCUGGCCCCCACGGCGACCUGGUGCGGGAGGAGCUGGCCAUGGUGCAGGGCGCGCUGGAGCUACGCACCAAGGUGGUGGAGGAUGUGCUGACACCGCUGGCCGACUGCUUCAUGCUCCGGGCCGAUGCUGUGCUGGACUUCGCCACCGUCUCUGAGAUCCUCCGAUCUGGCUACACUCGCAUUCCAGUCUAUGAGGGUGACCGGCGCGACAACAUUGUCGACCUGCUCUUUGUCAAAGACCUGGCCUUUGUCGACCCUGAUGACUGCACUCCCCUGCAGACUGUCACCCGCUUCUACCGCCGGCCGCUCCACUGCGUCUUCAAUGACACUCGCCUCGACACGCUGCUGGAGGAGUUCAAGAAGGGAAAGUCCCACCUGGCCAUCGUGCAGCGGGUGAACAAUGAAGGGGAAGGAGACCCGUUCUACGAGGUGAUGGGCAUCGUCACCCUGGAAGAUGUCAUUGAGGAGAUCAUCAAGUCCGAGAUCCUGGAUGAGACGGAUCUGUACACUGACAAUCGGAAGAAGGAGCGGGUUCCCCACCGGGGACGCAAGCCCCAGGAUUUCUCCAUCUUCAGGCUCUCAGAGAGCGAGAUGAAGGUGAAGAUCUCCCCGCAGCUCCUCUUGGCUACCCAUCGGUUCAUGGCAACAGAAGUGGAGCCUUUCAAGUCCCCCUACCUCUCCGAGAAGAUCCUGCUGCGGCUCUUGAAGCACCCCAAUGUCAUCCAGGAGCUCAAGUACGACCGAAAGAACAAGAAGGCAGCGGAGCAUUACCUCUACCAGCGCAACCGCCCUGUCGACUACUUUGUCCUCAUCCUGCAGGGGAAAGUGCAGGUGGAGGUCGGCAAGGAAGGACUGCGGUUUGAGAAUGGGGCGUUCACCUACUAUGGUGUGCCUGCCAUCAUGGCUGUUGUCUCUUCAGAAAAUGAUGUGCGAAAAAUGGGAAGCCUGGCAGGAUCCUCCUUCCUACUGCCUGUCUCAGUGUCCCGUACUUUCGCCUUCAGCAGAGGGGACUCCCUGGCUGGCUCUCCAGUGAACAGGUCACCGUCGCGCUGCAGUGGCCUCAACCGCUCCGAGUCCCCCAACCGGGAGGACUAUGGAGGCAGCAGCACGCAGCUCCACAGCAGCAGCAACAACAUCUACACGCCCGACUACUCCGUGCACAUCCUCUGCGACGUGCAGUUCGUCAAGGUGACCCGGCAGCAGUACCACAACGCGCUGGUGGCCAGCCGCAUGGACAGCUCGCCUCAGUCCCCUGACAUGGAGGCCUUCGACAGGGAUUCCACCAAGGCCUCGACUGCACGGGGAACCCCACAGACACCCAAGGAGGACCCUGCCACCCUCCUGAAUGAGAGGAACAGCAUCAUGUGCAGCCGCUCUGAGGGGCUGCGCAGUCCCAGCGAGUCAGUGUUCCUGCGCAUGGAGGGCAUCCCCUUCAUCCAGGAGGAGCUGGCUGACAACGAGGAGAACAGCAAGCGGCAGAACAGUGAGUGCUGCGGGACCGUCCUGGAAGCAGAGUCCCCAGGUCGAGAGGCCGGGACCAGCUCAUCGCCGAGCAGCUCUGAGGAGGCACUGGGCAAGAGGCUGCUGAGAUCCCUCAGUGGGCGCAAGCAGCGGACAUCGUCAGAAGGUGAGAAGUCGCCAGAGGAAAGCUCCAAUCUCGCCCCAUUAAUCACCUGAGCAGCAGUGUGGCCAGAGCACAGUGCUGGAGGCCCAUGCAGACUGGAGGUCUGCAGCAUGGGGGUCUCCUGCCGUGAGGCUCGUGUCCAACAGCAGGAGGUCUGCACUCGCUCGCUGCCUGUCCGCCCGCUCCUGCCGCCCCUCCCUGCAGGAUCUGUGCAGAGCCCCAUCCCCAGGAGAGAAAGGAUGUGCCCCCGGCAGGGCUGAACCACGCAGGCAGCCUGGACCAGUUAGCUGGAGUCCGAGGGCCCUUGCCCUUGCGAGCCGCUCCCUGGUAGCAUCUGGUCUCAAGGAAGAGAUGGAAAAAGGAAAGGUGAAAAAGUGUCUGUCACGGCAUCCCUGCAAGCAGUGCAGGGAGGGGCAGCCCAGCCCAGAACUGCCCUUUACCAUCAUUUACCAUCCCCAUCCCAGCGGGGCCUGGAGCCCCGUGGUGCCGGUGCUGCAAGACGUGGUCUCCAGCCCGAGGAGAAUGUGCUCUUUGGUGGUGCCACGCGCAGCUCAGGGCCCGGCACACGUUUGUGCCGUGCCUGGUGACACGCCGGCUUGCAGCCUCGCUCACGCUGACCAUGGACACGGCCCAGCGCUCCCGAAGCCCUGCCAGGCACAGGGCAAGGAGCCCCGCUCACCCCCGAGCGCAGCCCCCUCGCUGGGGAGGGGGCUCUCCAUGCUGCAUCGGACCAUCCUCCUCUCCACACGCCUGCCGCUGUGAGGGAGGCUCGCACCAAGACUUCGGGGUGGGACAGACCAGUCAGUAGUUUUUGUAGAGGCUCAACGCAACGGGGAUAUCAACAUUAAAAGUGAUUUUUCCCUGAGCGAUGCCCUCUCUGUGUCCACGGGAGAGGGAAAUUCUCUAACCACGCCCGGCAGCAGGCCAGGCUGCCCUCAUACCCAGCGCCAGAGCUGCCUGGAUAACAGGACUCAGCCUCACUGCAGGGAGCAAGAGAACGGUCAGCAAGUGCUGCCCAAAU